AUGAACUGGGCAUCUCGUUGCAGAUUGUGGAUUGCAUUCUUCUUGCUUUUAAUGAGCUUUCUGUCAGAUUUCAUCUUUGACUUGAAGUCAACACCAGUAGUGAUAUGCGUAGGAUUGUUGAUUGUUCUGCUGUCCAUAUCUCUUGGUGUUGCCUUGCACAUAAGUCUGGUACCCUGCUCUGAGACUCAUACUCUUCGAAGUCUUCUUAUUUGUUAUGUAUGUAAUGUGUACGAUGCGAUUUGGGUACGAUAUGUCUUUAUGCCAAAGAUGACCAAGCUAUGGAAGAGCCCCCGAGAAGCACAGGAAUCCCUGCUACGAGAUUUAAUCAAACGAGACGCACGAACGGAAUAUGGCAGAGAGCAUCGUCUGGAAGAAAUCCUAUCCUUGAAGGAGUUACAGAAAAAGCAUCCACUGACUGACUACGACCACUACCGGAAGUAUGUUCAGAGACUGGCUGACGGAGAACCGAACGUCUUUGUUGGAGAAACUUUAGUCCGUUUUGGUUGCACAUCUGGUACUACAGGACCAAGCAAGGUGAUACCAUUCGUCCAAUCACAACUUAACAUGGUUAACUUUUGCAUCUUCAUCGCCAGGCGUUGUGUUGCGGGGGAGUAUCUCGAGUGCCCAAGUCCUGCACAGAGAUACAUUAUUUGUAUUUCAAAAGACAAUUCGAUGAAAUCAAAAUCUGAAGUGAAAUUCGGACGUGCAAUCCAGGUUCCUGAUAAAGGCCAUAAAUUCUUCAGCAUGCAGAACACCCCAAAGGCUGGAUUUGAAAUCCAGACCGACUUUGAACUGGUGUACGUUCAUCUCUUGUUUGGCUUAUUGGACAGCAAUCUAGGCGCUAUCUACACGGUGUUCACUUUUCAGCUUGUAAGAGUAAUAACCGUUCUUAGAGAAAACUGGAAAAUGUUGGUGGAUGAUAUACAAACAGGAAGAGUGAAUCUUGAUUUAAAUAUACCUCCAAGCAUCUUAGAAAGUCUCAAUUCUUCAUUGACACCCAACCCACAGCGAGCUGAUGAACUAACGGUGGAGUUCUCCAAGGGAUUCCGGGGAAUAUUUGCCAGAGUCUGGCCAAACCUCAAACUAAUUGUGUCGGCUGAGCAAGGAGAUCACUUGCAUAAAAUUAAAGCCUCGGGACAAACGGAAGAAGUCAAUACACAUCCAUUUCACAACUCCUCCGUUGUAUUUCUCUUUUUUUUUACCACAGGCAUUCCGAUACUUUCAGCGGAGUACGGAAGUACAGAAGGAGAGUUCGCUUUAAAUCUCCAUCCACCAAACAUUCAAUAUGUCCUGCUACUAGACCAAGCUGUCUAUGAAUUCAUUCCAGAAAAUCACAGAGCCGAGAAGCAGCCAGACACUCUCUUGGUUGACGAAGUUGAGCAAGGGGAACGAUAUGAACUCGUCAUCACAGCUAGGUGUGGACUAUUUCGAUUCCGCAUGGGAGACAUGAUCCAAGUGGUAGGCUUUCACGAGCAAUGUCCCAUUAUAACGAUCAAAGAAAGGAGAGUUACACAUGCGGUACAUCUUGUUUCUUGAGUUCGAUUCUCACUGCGGCAAC